AUGUUUAAAAAAUUAUUUGAAGUACCAAUAACCGAUGAUGUUCAAGAAGAAUUUGUUAAAAUUCAAAAUCUUCUCUGGCUUGUUGAUGAGUAUAAAGAUGAUGGAUUUACAGCUUUACAUUUAGCUGCACUUAAUGAUCAUGGUUGUGUUGGUGAGUUACUUCUAAGUAAAGAAAAUGCAUUGGUUGAUGCACAAAACAAUAGUUUACAAAUUGCUUUUUAUUUAGCUGUUAGUCACCAACACAUCGAAAUUGUGUCUCAAUUACAAGAAAUUCAUGAACAAGUUGAUUGUCCAACAUGUAUGGAUCGUUUAAAACAUAUGGUCUUUUUAUAUGAUCAUGGUGUUUGUCAAAAUUGUGGUGAUCAUGUACAAAAAUGUCCAAUAUUUCGAAAACCAAUUGAAAAAUCGAUUAUUUUAUACACAUAA